AUGGAGUCUGCGGAGUCGGAAACUCUUGACAACGGCAAUCACCCCGCAAAGGACCAGCCUCUGGCCGCCGGUGCCGCCGCCACGUCUACUACACAAGAACAGCAGGAUGUAAACGCCUCGGAUCACACGGCCGCGUCAUCAGUCACACCUGGCGAAGAGUCUACUCAUGUAAUACCGCCGUACUUCAAUGGUGGUCGGCUUGAGCGAACAGACUCAGUUACGCCGGCCACAGGACAUGGUAUAGAUCUUGUUGAUCAAUCAGACGAAGAUCAUGAAAUUGGUCGAGCAUGCUGGGCAAGCAAUGUCUCUGUCGAUGACUAUGUGGUUGUGAGUGGUCCUACAGGGAUAGGUGCAUAUGUGGUAUGGAACUGUACCAUCGAAACGUUCAAAGGUGGCAGUAUCACUCUCCGUAAAGGUUUGUCGCUCACAUGCUUCCCCUUGCUAGCAAACCAUGCUGACUCAUCCCCAAGAUAUUCCGAAUUCGACACGCUCAGGCAGAACCUCGUGGGAGCAUUCCCACUUUCUGAAGCCUCUAUCCCAGAGCUGCCAAGGAAGAGCCUUGUUUANUGUAUUCUUCUCAACCCACAGUUCUCACGAUCCCCUAUCGUCACGGAAUUCAUCAACACAUGA